ACGAUUAGCGAACAGGUAUUUGUAUACAUAUGACGUGUAAUCCGACUUAUAAAUCAAUCAGUUUUCGGUUCUCAAUAGAAAAUUAGUGAACGCAGAAAUAAUGUCUGGAAGCAGUGAAUGUUUCGUUGCAAAUAUUGUUGAAGUCUCAAAAUCUUUAUCAAAUCGCCCUUCAAGAUAUACUAAAUUAUUGCCGACAAAAACACUAAAACUAAAACAGAAUCCAGAAGAAGAUAUUAAACUUACAUUGAAAUUCUACGACAAUUGUUUCAUUGAGAGUGAGGAUGGAACCAUGUCUGAUUCUGACUCGGAUCCAUCGUACACAUCCAUCUUAAACGAACUAAAUUUAGAUUUGAUAGCUACUUUUGAUAAUUAUGUUCACGAAGUUUAUGCCGAUUCUACGCAGAAGUAUGAAUAUAAAAUAGAACUUAGAGCUCUUGUGAAAAAAAAUGACGGCGAUGAAAUACAUGUCAAUUUUCCACGAAUUUUACAUGAAAUUCGAACUGAUAAAGUAAUUCAAUUUCCAACUCAAGAACUUCCACGUAAUUGUAGAAAAUUACGGCAUGUCUGUUUCAGUAUUAGCAGAUUGAUCUCAAAUGAUAAUAUUACAGUGAAUGAUUUGUUUCCAAUUUUACGAAAUUCUUACAAUUGGUCAUUUAAAAAUACAAGUUGCAUUAGCUUAGUUGUUGGCAGUGAAAAAUUUCCAGUCCACAAAGAAAUAUUAUCUUCGAAGAGUGAUGUUUUUGCAGCAAUGUUCAAACAUGAAGUACAAGAAAACGAUACAAAAAUCGUAAAAAUUGAAGAUUUUGAAGCUGAUGUGAUAGAUGAAAUGAUCAGAUUCAUGUACACCGAUGAAAUAAAGAUCCCGAUCGAGCAUCCCCAAGAUCUUUAUGCUGUUGCAGAUAAAUAUCAGAUAGAAGAUUUAAAAGCCAAAUGUCUAGAAUUUUUGAUUUUCAAUUUAAAUUUUAGUAAUUCUACCAGUUUGUAUAAGUUCGCUAAAUUGUAUGAUAUAGAUGGAUUGAUGAAGACUUUAAAUUCUUUUUUCAAGAAAUACGAGCAGCAUAUGGUUCAAGAGGAAACUUAUAGAAAUUACCUUUGUGAAAGUAUAAAUUUAGGAAAUUUUGUGGAUGUUUUAUUUUUAUGUACUAAAUUUAAAGAUGAUUUAGAGGAAGUUAAAAAAGUGGCCUAUAAUUUUUUUGUCAAUAAUACAUCGCAAAUAUUUGAGAUCCCUAGCUUUCAAGAUUGGUUUUACAAAUAUAAAUCGGAGUGUUAUGACUUAUGCAAAUUUUUAGUGAACUCGAAAACCUCAUCGUUAUCAAUCAGCCAAAAUUAGAUCUAGUAUUAAUUUGUCUAUAUUUGACAACAAAAAUAAUACAAUAAAAAUUGAUAUAAAAU